CACUUUCUUAUGUCGAAAUAAAGGAAGGGUUGGCCUUUCCUUUCAAAACAAAAUUUAACUGAGAAAGUCGUGUUUUACGGGGAGAAUCCUCGGUUCUCUCAGAGAAAUUGCUAACUGGACUAGUCGAUUAAUUAUUUCUAAUCUAUGUGAUUUGCUUCGUUUUCCGUCAAAUAAAUAAUGGCUGUCUUCAACAGAAUUGUAGGGAUUGUUUGCUUUACUGCCUUGUUUGCAAGCUUGGUUAUGUCACAAAAUACAAAGCACUUAGCUGGACACUGCUCAAUGUAUAGUCAAUGUGGAAACUAUGACCCACCAAAGAACUGUGUCUAUAAUGGUCCUGCUAAAUCAUCAACAGAUGCAGAGACUAUUAAGUUGUUAAAGGAUACUUGCCCAAACCUAGUACACAAGAAUUCUUCAACAGAGUUUAGUACUGCUUGUUGUGAUGUUAAACAGCUUCGCACAUUGUCCUCACAGCUUCAGGCAGCAAGAAGUUUGCUCACAAGAUGUCCAAGUUGCUUACGGAACUUUAUUGAUUUAUGGUGUCAGUUUACAUGCAGCCCAAACCAAGCAUUGUUCACAACAGUGUAUGAUUAUGGCUUAGGGGUUUCUUUACAAGCUGAUUACUAUCUGACAAGAAAUUUCGCUGAAGGGCUCUUCAAUUCAUGCAGACAUGUCAAUUACCCAGGAAGCAAUGGCAAGGUUCUUGAUUAUAUGUGUGGAACAAGUGCUGACAAAUGUACACCUCAAAAAUGGCUUGCAUUUAUUGGUAGCCCCCCUUAUGCCCCAUUCCAGAUUACUUCAUACAUAAUGCACGAGCCAGUGAACCCCAAACCAGGUGAUGUUAUCCCAAACAACAAAAGAAUGCUUGGCUGUAAUGAGACAUUCUUUGAUAAAUCUACUGGCAGAAAUGACAGCUCCUGUAGUUGUCAAGACUGUACAGAAUCUUGUCCAUCACCGCCAGAUAUACCACCAGCAAAACAUGAAAAAGAAAUCAUCCAUAUCCCAUUGCAUAUCUUCAUUGUAUGUAUAAUUUAUAUUCUGUUUGCCCUGGUUUUUAUUUUGGCUUCAAUCUUCUGUAAAGGAAGAUGUGAAAGAACAGUUGUUUCAUUGAAUGGUUAUGGAAGUAUUGAAGGCACUUCUGAUGAUCUUGCUCGCAAAUCAGAAGCACAAUAUGGGGGCAAUGCAAAGAGGAGUUUGUCUGUUAGAUGUGGUGCUGCCUUAGAUGGAUAUCUGAGAAAGUCUUUUCAGGCCUGGGGCACAUGGUGUGGCUUCCAUCCUUGGACAGUUAUUAUAGCUUCAUUUUUGGUUGUGGUUGCACUAUCAUUCGGGUUGUUGUUUUUCAAGGUGAUAACUGACCCAGUUAAUUUAUGGUCUGCAACAGAAAGUACUGCUAGAGAAGAAAGGGCAUAUUUUGACAAACAUUUUGGGCCAUUUUACAGAACUGAGCAGGUUAUCAUAACAGCUGAACCACGAAAAGAGAAUUACUCUUUGUACCCAAGAGGAGAAAUUAUUGAAUUCAAUGGGAUCAUUCAUAAAGACAUGCUGCACAAGGUUUUAGAUCUACAAAUUGCAAUUUCAAAUAUCAAAGGAAGCUAUGAAGAAAAUGGCAAAAAUGUCACAGUUGGAUUGAAAGACAUUUGCUAUAAGCCACUGUCACCAGAUAAUAAUGAAUGCACUAUCAUGAGUAUAACACAAUAUUGGCAGAAUAAUCAUACAAAGAUUGAUGAAUGCAUGGCUGACACAAAGGACCCUUGCAGUGCUGGUAUUGGAAAUAAUGCCUCUGACUGGCAUGAUCACUUUAUGAAAUGCACAGCGUCACCUACCAGCUUGAAUGAUGGAAACUUUUUGUUUAUGCCAUGCAUGGGUGAAUUUGGAGGCCCUGUAGAUCCAAAUGUUGGACUUGGAGGCUUUGAGGGAGAUAUUUACCGAUCUGCAAAUUCAAUCAUUCUUACUUUUAUUGUGAAUAACUACGAUGAGGAAACUAAGAACAAAAAGGCAGAAGCCUGGGAGAAAUCAUUCAUUGAAUUCAUGAAAGACUACAGGAAGAAUGGACCAAAAUAUUUCAACGUGUCAUUUUCAUCAGAGAGGUCAAUUCAAGAUGAGCUUAAUAGAGAGAGUGAGUCAGAUAUUCUGACCAUCCUGGUCAGCUAUUUACUCAUGUUUCUGUACAUUUCAAUUGCUCUUGGUCAAUGGAAUAGCAUGAGCAGACUGUUGGUUGAUUCAAAGUUGAUAGUUGGCCUCGGUGGUGUAAUGAUUGUCCUGUGCUCAGUUGCAAGCUCGCUGGGUACCUUCUCCUAUGCCGGAGUACCAGCAACACUUAUCAUCAUUGAGGUUGUGCCAUUCUUGGUGCUCGCUGUUGGUGUUGACAAUAUUUUCAUUCUUGUGCAGACCUUCCAACGAGAUGUUCCACUCCCGGGUGAACCUAUAGCGCACCAAGUAGGAAGGGUUCUGGGCCAGGUCGCUCCAAGCAUGCUUCUUUCAUCAUUGUCCGAAUCUGUGGCUUUUGGUUUAGGUGCCAUGUCAACAAUGCCUGCUGUGCGUGUUUUCUCGCAGUAUGCCGCAUUAGCAGUCUUUUUCGACUUUCUGCUGCAGAUUACUGCUUUCGUAGCUUUGUUAGCGUUGGAUGCUAAACGUCAUAAAAAUGAUAGGCUGGAAUUUGCUUGCUGUCUAAAAGUAUCAAAGAUGGCAACGAAAGAAAACACUGGUUGUUCUGGCAAUGAAAACGAGGGCUGUUUGUAUUACCUCUUCAAGAAGUUCUAUGCACCAUUUCUGAUGAUGAAAAAAGUUCGAGUUAUUGUGAUGCUUGUGUUCGGUGCCUUGCUAACCUCCAGCAUUUGUCUCAUCCCCUACAUCGAUAUUGGCCUUGAUCAGAAGCUAGCUUUGCCCAAAGAUUCCUUCCUUUUGGAUUGGUUUAGUGACAUGAAUAAGUACCUUCAUGUAGGACCGCCUGUUUACUUCGUUGUCAAAGAAGGCUACAAAUAUGAGGAUCCCAAAAAUAUAAACGAGCUUUGUGGCAUUGCUGGUUGUAAAGUUGACUCGCUGGUUUCGCAAGUCUUCCUGUCAUCUGAGAUCAAAGACUAUUCCAAAAUUGCCCUGACUGCCUCUUCGUGGGUUGACGAUUACAUUGCUUGGUCCGAUCCAAGUGGUGAUACCCCAUGUUGCCGUAAGCUAGAUUACAUCUCCAAGAAUGUUACGGUUGGAAAUAGCACUGUGGAAAAACGGAUUUUCCCUGGCAGAUUUGUGUUCUGUAGCUCGACAAUGAACAACGCAAGCUGGCAUUGCUCGCCUUGCAGAGACAUCAAAGAUGCGGGUUUGAGGCCAACAGAGGACGAUUUCAGGAAGUACCUCGGAUCGUUCCUUAAGGACAAUCCAAAUGCUGUGUGCCCUAAAGGGGGUCAUGCUUCUUACGGCAGUGCAGUGAAACUCAACCCAAACACGAGCAGUGACAUUGUCAAUGCUUCGUAUUUCAUGUCCUACCACACAAUAUUAAAAACUUCGCAAGACUACACAAAUGCCUUGAAAUAUGCCCGAUCUUUAUCAGCCAAUAUGUCGAAAGUGCUGAAUCACGAAGUGUUCCCCUACAGUAUCUUCUACGUCUUCUAUGAACAGUACUUAACGAUCGUUCAUGACACUUGGGUUGAUUUAUCCAUCUGUGCAAGUGCAAUUUUCGUUGUUACCUUUAUUUUGCUUGGAUUCAAUUUGGGUAUUGCUGUGAUCAUGACGGUAGUGGUCGCGAUGAUUGUUGUCAACUUGCUUGGUUUGAUGAGCAUCUGGGGGAUUUCCCUCAAUGCUGUGUCCCUCGUCAACCUCAUCAUGGCCAUAGGAAUAUCAGUGGAGUUUUGCGCACAUAUCGCUAGGGCGUUCAGCGUCAGCCCGCUGCAUAGCAGAAUCGACAGAGCACAAGACUCGCUUGCUCGCAUGGGCAGCUCUGUUCUCAGUGGUAUUACCUUCACGAAAUUCGUCGGCAUCAUUGUGCUUGCAUUUGCUAAAUCGCAGCUGUUUGAGAUAUUCUACUUCAGAAUGUACCUAGGUAUUGUCAUAAUUGGAGCCUUACAUGGACUGAUAUUUCUACCCGUGCUUUUGAGCUACGUUGGACCAUCUUCGCGGGGAACACCUCUUGCUACCCUGGAUGAGCGCGCUGAAGAAAAACGACGACUCAUGGAAAAUUAUACAUGAUCAAAUGACAUUAAAAAUAGAUUUUAUAUUCACUGAAAUGUUUUGAUACAGAUACAGUACCAGAAUGUUAAAAAUCAGGGUUGAUUAAAUGUUUACUUGAUGUUUGUGUGUUUGUCUUUAUGAAUUUAAAAUUAAACUGAUUUCAUAAUCAGGAUCCACGCUGUAAUCGUCAUCUGUGGUAUAUCAGUAUUCAUCAGCCGAGGUUGUCCAGUUCUAAACUGUAAAUAACUUUCGAAAGGAUCGUCAAAUGUUGUUUAUUAACUCAAGCUAUUGCAAAUUUCGUUUGAAGGUAGAGUUAACACCAGCAUCUCGCAUUAUGAUUUAAAACUGUUUCUUUGCCUUUUAAAAAACCCAACCUGUAAGUAUUCCAGUGUAACGCUCGGCUUGUAGUUUUAUCACCCAUUAUCCCCUGUUCCCAAAAGUUUACUUUCGAUCUGGUUGCAAGGGUUUUCUGUUCCAAACUGUUUUUUUUUCUUUUGUCGUUCUUUUUCCCCAUCCAUCUCUUUUUAUUUUAGUGAUUUUUAACAAUUUCCUAGAUUAAUCUUAAGUCACACCUUUGGCUUAACUCAUCUAUUUCCUUUAUUUUAAUUAAUUUUAAGAUGUGUACGAAUUCUUCUUCAGCGAUAAAUCGAUGUUAUUGUAUCAGAAUAAAGUCGUGUUUCUGA